AUGCCCAUCGGCGAAACAGACCUCCCAGCACUCCUGCGCACUCUCGAGCCAGUCCUCCACACAGAAACAUACGUCUUCAGCACAACCACCCAACCCUUAUCUUCCCUCCCACUGGCCACUCUGCACCCAGACCUCAUUUUCCAAGAAGUCGAAGGUCUCACCCUCAUACUCACCAAACAAGCCGCCGAAUCGCAUGGCCUCGAGUAUACAUACCCGAGCAAGAAGAUCUCACUGAAAGUGCACUCCAGCCUGGAGGCUGUGGGGUUAAUGGCGGUGAUUUCAAACAAGCUUGCCUCCCGGGGCAUUAGUGCGAAUGUUGUUAGUGGGUAUUUUCAUGAUCAUGUUUUUGUUCCAGAGGGGAAAGGGGGGGAUGCAAUGCAGGCUUUGGAGGAGUUGAGUAGGGGGGGUAGGAGUCAAGUUGAGUAA